AUGCUAGAACCGACCGGAGCAGCAAAUAUGACAGUCUUAGCGCUCAACCAUCUGUUGCCGCCGCCUCCGACGCCGUCCGCCAACAACGGCGGUCCGCAACCACAACAGCAACAGCAGCAGCAACAACAGCAACGGGCGGCCUCCGGAGCUGACGGCAACGGCGCCGACGACUUACAGCAAAACGGCAAGACGUCGCGCAUGAUGACUGUCGCGGCCGCGGCCACAAACAUGUCGACGGCAAUGAUGAUGGGCGGAGGUCCGCCGACAGGCGUCGGCCACCACCACCACCACCAUCAUCACCACAACAACCACCACAGCAGCCAAUUGCACAACAAUAACAACAACAACAACGACGACACAGCCAGCAGCCCGCGGUCAUCCGUCGUCGCGGCCGCCCGGCCGUCUGGUCACAUCAAGUUCAGCGUGGCCGCCUUGUUGGCCGACACCAGGCCCGUGCGGUCACCGACGCCCGGUUCCCUGUUCGACGACGACAUGGACACGCCGGACGACGACGAAGACGACCGGAACAGCGUGGACGUGGAGACUCCCGACGGCGCCGUCGCUGUCGGCCGGCGCUGUUCGUCCAGCACGCCGGACCGCGGCCGCUCGCCGAUGCCGCUUCACCCGUCGUCACCUCCGCUGUCGCAUCACCAGCACCACGGCGGCCACCCGUUCCAGCAGCCGGCGGCUCCAUGGCGGCCCGCGCCGCGUUCAUGA